AUGUUCGCUACUCCUGUGCUGCGCGAUGUGCGCUCUUUGACGCCACCGCCGGACAAUGUCGACGAGCUUGCAGCUGUGCCAGUGGCUAAGACUAGCAUCGGCCAGCCCCUAUACCGCGGAUCGACGACAUUGCAGCUAAAGUCCGUCCUCUCCGGCGUCGAUGUCGAUGCGUGCGAGGCUGAUGGAGAAAAUGCUUUUUUUAUCGCUGAUCUGGCACAGGUGUACCGUCAGUACAUGCGAUGGCGCCGUGAACUCCCCCAAGUCAUCCCUUUCUAUGCAGUCAAGUGCAAUCCUGAACCGAUGGUUCUCCAGCUUCUCUCUGCUUUGGGAAUCGGCUUCGACUGUGCUUCUAAUGGUGAAAUCCAGACAGUGCUGGAUAUGAAUGUUUCACCCUCGCGCAUUAUCUACGCGAACCCAUGCAAAGCAUCCUCGUUUGUGCGCCGUGCAAAAAUGCAGAAUAUUGGCUUGACGACGUUCGACAACAUGGACGAGCUGUACAAAAUGAAAAAAUUUCACCCUGACUGCAAGCUGGUCAUCCGUAUAUUGACUGAUGACUCGAAAAGUGUGUGUCAACUGGGCAUCAAGUUUGGUGCUCCGCUGAAGGAUGUGCCGCGCCUGCUGGAAAAGGCGCGCGAGCUUGAGCUCGAUGUGGUCGGCGUUAGCUUCCACGUCGGUUCCGGCUGCUAUGACCCUGAGGCGUACCGCGACGCCGUUGACCGAGCUCGCCAGGUAUUUGAUAUGGGACGUGGAUACGGUUACGAGUUUGACUUGCUGGAUAUCGGUGGCGGCUUUGAGCAUGAUAACUUUGAAGCUAUUGCUAGUGUUGUACGCUCCUCGCUCGUCCAAUACUUCCCGGAUGAAGAAUUUGCGCCAGGUGGCUCGCGGAUGCCAGAACACCCCCAUGGUCUCCGCAUCAUCGCCGAGCCUGGUCGCUACUUUGUUUACCGCGCAUUUACCCUUGCCACCAAUAUUAUUGCUCGCCGUCUGAGUGAAAAUGAGGACGAAGACGGUAGUGGUAUGAAGCCGAUGGCGAUGUACUACCAAAAUGAUGGCACAUAUGGUGCGUUCAACUGCAUUUUGUUUGACCACCAAACUGUGCAACCAAAAGUUCUCUCGAUGGAGCGCGAAUUUGUCUACCGCGCUGACCUGCCUGCUCCAGGCAUCGAGGCGGACACCUUGCAGCCCUGCAGCGUAUGGGGCCCGACUUGCGACAGCAUGGACUGCAUUCUCAAGCUGACGCAUCUACCCCACAAUCUCGACGUUGGGGACUGGCUUGUUUAUGAGAACAUGGGUGCCUACACUCUGUGUGCUUCGUCGACGUUCAAUGGGCUUGCGCCGGCCCAGGUCCGCUACACCGUCGGUUGCGACGCUGUGGAACAAGACUGUGUCCCUGACACAAUUCUUCGGCUGCUUAAGCAUACAUUCGAGUGUUAA